UAAGGAAACAUUAGUUAUUUUCUGAAGACUUAGCAUGAGUUAGUUAGUCCAACAAUUGCUUGAUUUACAGUAGAGCAAGUACUGCAGCCUCCUUCAAAGUUGAAUAUAUCUGUUAAUUGUUACCCCUCUAUAUAUAUACAUAUCAGGAGUCUCUAAAUUAUUUCUAACUUAUAAACAGGAAAAACUGAGAGAAAAGUAAUAGCUUACAUGGAGGAUUUGGUUCAAUCUUCCUCGUCGUUAGAACAUGAAAUGCCACCAUCAUCUCAAUCUCCUCCUCCUCCUCCUAAAAGAAAAGUCGGAGGAUGGAAUGCCAUCAAAUAUAUUCUUGGGAAUGAAUCUUUUGAGAAACUGGCUUCUAUGAGUUUGAUAGCCAAUAUCACAGUUUAUCUGCAGACUAGAUAUAACAUGGAAGGUGUAUUUAAUGUAACUGUGACCACUGUAUGGUCUGGUUCCUCCAAUAUAACUUCUUUAAUGGGUGCAAUUAUUGCUGAUACUUAUUUGGGUAGAUUCCGUACCCUUUUCUUUGGCAGCAUUUUUUCUCUUCUGGGAAUGACGGGCAUGACCCUAACUGCAGGUCUACCUAAGUUAACACCCCCAAGAUGCAAUGGAGACACCAGCUGUCCCCAAGCAGAAAAAUGGCAGCUGGGCUUCCUCUUUGCUAGUCUUGGAUUUUUAUCGAUAGGAUCUGGUGGGAUUAGACCAUGCAAUAUUGCUUUUGGUGCUGAUCAAUUUGACACCACAACAGCGAAAGGAAGAUCACAGCUUGAGAGCUUUUUCAAUUGGUGGUACUUCUUCUUUACAAUUGCACUAGUCGUUGCUCUUACCGCUGUUGUCUACAUCCAGACUAAUGUCAGUUGGGUUAUAGGCUUUAUCAUCCCAACUUCUUGCCUGUUUCUCUCCAUAUCCAUUUUCUUGAUUGGUCGCAGUACUUAUAUUUGCAAGAAACCUAGAGGCAGCAUUUUUACAAAUAUGAUCAAGGUGGUCAUAGCUGCAUGUAGGAAGCGCCAGUUAACUACUAAACCAGAUUCUCAGUAUUCCUUCUAUGAUCCUCCGAUGGAUGAGUCAGAGCUACACCUCAAAAUUGCUCAUACUGAUAGGUUUAGAUUUCUUGACAAGGCAGCUAUGAUUAGUGAUCUCAGUGAACUGGACGAUCAAGGCCUUGCAAAGAAUACUUGGAGAUUAUGCAGCUUGCAGCAGGUGGAGCAACUGAAAUGUUUAAUAGCAAUAGGACCAGUUUGGGUAUCAGGAAUUGCCUGUUUUAUUCCAAUGGAUCAGCAGAAUGCAUUUGGCAUCCUUCAAGCAAUUCAAAUUAACAAAUCUGUUGGUCCAAAAUUCCAAGUCCCUCCAGGAUGGAUGGGCCUUACAUCGAUGAUUGCACUUUCGAUAUGGAUUUACAUUUAUGAGCGCAUUUAUGUCCCUAAGGCAAAGAAAUUGGCAGGAAAAGAUAAAAGACUGACAAUGCCACAAAGAAUUAAGACUGGUAUUGUAAUGUCAAUUCUAUGCAUGCUAGUAGCUGGAUUUGUAGAGAAAAAACGCCGCGAGUCGGCUUUGAGAAAUGGAACCUUUGCCUCACCUAUUACUAUAGCUGCACUCCUACCGCAGUUUGUCCUGUCAGGAUUAAUUGAAGCUUUUGCAGCAGUUGCUAUAAUGGAAUUUUACACCACAGGAAUGCCAGAGAGCAUGAGGACUGUUGCAGGAGCAGUCUUCUUUCUCAGUUUAUCAAUUUCAAGUUAUAUAAGUUCUUUACUCAUCAAUAUCAUUCACCAUGUCAGUGGAAAGAAUGGGAAAACACCAUGGUUGGGUGGUCAUGACCUUAAUCAGAAUAGACUUGACUACUACUACUUCAUUAUUGCUGGCCUAGCAGUAGUGAACUUCAUUUAUUUCAAUUUCUACGCCAGUCGUUAUGCAGUUAGCCAUCAUUAUGACGGUAGCACAGAGGUGAAAGUAGAGAAUUCAAACUUUCAUCAUUCAAGCAUUCGGCCAAAAGAUAUAAUGCAGGAUGAGGAAAAAGGGUCGGAUUUACAUGACAGUCAUUGACAAGGAAGACGAAUCAGAAAAUCCGAAUUCGAGUUUUGUGCGACUCUUGAAUUAAGUUCCGUUAUCAGGCGCAGAUCUCAGAAGUUUCUUCAUCGUUUCGCGAAUUCUUUCAGAGCAAGAACUUUUUUUGUUACUUUUCCCUGAUUGUUGAUUCUCUUUAUCAAUUGAUUAAACUUUUUGCUGAUAUAUAUACAUAAAAACUUGAACGCCUGAAA